AUGGAGAGAUACUGCGAUGACUCAAACAGUCUAGUAAAUGUUUCUCCAUUAUUUGCAGCAGUCACGCGCGUGCUCUGUAUCGUAGCGGCGCUCGCAAGCGCCUCGGCUCUGUCGAUAUCACUGAGACAGAACUCCGAGACGAUAUGCAUCGGCCAGGAGAACUUCCUACGCAUCGCCAGCGUCGACAACUGCGUGCACUACUACCAAUGCUACUCCGGACGCUCCUACCUCAUGCAAUGCCCCGUGGAUACCUGGUUCAAUGAAGAACAUCAGGUUUGCGAUUCUUCUACUCCACCGCCGGAAUGUCAACUAGAACCGGAACCGGAACCAGAACCAGAACCAGAACCAGAACCCGAACCCGAACCCGAACCCGAACCAGAACCAGAACCCGAACCCGAACCAGAACCUGAACCGGAACAAGAAGACUCUGAAGAACAAGAAGAUGAAAGUGAAGAAGUAGAGACAGAAGAAGCACAAAAUGAAAUACAAGAUGAAAAUGACGAGGAUGAUGAUGAGAAUGGUAAUAACGAAGAUAAUGAAGAGGAUGAAGAUAACGAUGGUGGUGACGACAAUGGCAACGAUGAAGACAAUGAUGGUAAUGAAGACAACGACGGCAAUGGAGACAAUGAUGGUGAUGAAGAUGACGACGGCAAUGAAGACAAUGAUGGUGAUGAAGAUGACGACGACAAUGAAGACAAUGAUGAUGAUGAAGAUGAUGACGGCAAUGAAGACAAUGUUGGUGAUGAAGAUGAUGACAACAAUGAAGACGAUGAUGGUGAUGAAGAUGAAGACGGCAAUGAAGACAAUGAUGAUGAUGAAGAUGAGGAAAAUGACAAUGAGCAAGAAGAUGACGAUGAUGAAGAUGACGACGAUGAAGACCCUAAUAUUGAUGCACGAAUUGCCCCGACCAGCAGAACUAUUGACAUCAACGGUCACCACCACGGACAUGGCCAUGGACAUGGUCAUGGACUUGGUCACGGUCAUGGACAUGGUCACGGUCAUAAUCAUCAUAACCACGAAUCACAUAAGCAAAAUGAAAUCGAAAGCGAAGAUUCUGGUGAGGAUGUUGGAGAGGAUAACGAUGCUUUAGGUGAAGAUAACAACAUAGUAGACGAUGUCGAGUUGUUGGAAGCUGACGCAACGAACAAAAGGUCACGCAGAGCAUUGAAACAAAUCGAAUGGGAAGAUGAGGGUGAAGAUGAUGAGGAUGAUGAUGAUAACUACGAUGAUGACGAUGACGAUAACAGUGACGAAGACGAUGAUGACGAUGACGAUGAUGAUGACGAUGAAGAUGAAGAUGAAGAUGAUGAAAUAUGGAAGUCACGCGGUGGUGUAAAACGUUUGCGUAGAUUUGUUAGACAAAAUGAGGUAGAGUCUGAAGCAGAAGAAGAAAAAGAUGAAGCUAAUAAUAAGUUUUUAACAAGAUUAUUUAGUGCAUUCGCAUAGAACGUUGGCGUUUUUUCAAAAGCAUCUCCGACAGGAGUGCCAGCUUGAAACAGUAGGUAUUUAGUAGUAGAUAUAUUUAGUUUAGGUAUUUAUUAAAAUUAGAUUUAAGAGUUUGGUGUAGACGAUUCACUUUGUGCAAUUUUGUAAAUAAUCUGA